AUGGGCUUUCAACUGAGUCAAGAAAUUGGCAUGGAUACUUUGAGAAAUGAGGCUGGCGUCAAGAUGGAUACACCAGAUCUUAUUGAUGCAAAUGGUGAUCAUGCCCAAGCAAACAGUGAUGCAGAUGGUGAUCAUGCCCAAACAAACAGUGAUGCCCCAACUGCCUCCACAUCAACAGUUGAUGGUGCAGCAUCUAAGACAACAACAAUUGGUGCAAAAGAUAUUGGACAAAUAGUCGGGCCUCCCCACCAACAAGUAAUUGUUUUUGGCCAGGAUCAGAAUAAAAAACAGAAAAUCACUCUCACUUCAGAGCAAAUUCGUGCUUUAGCACAUAGAGCCCACAGCGCAAAGAGACAAACAUUGGUUAUAUUACCAACAGACAAACAAGAGCAAGAGCUUGAUACUACCACUGAAGCGCUCAAGUUAGCUGAGCCAAAUCAAGAAAUAAUUGUUAUUAAAGAUGCUGAGCCAACUCUAGACAUGGGUAAAGACAAACUAGGACAAUCUAAAGAUAAUAAAGGUUCAAAAGUUGGUACCCCCAUAACAAUCAAAGUAGACAGUAAAAGUGGUUUCGCUGAAAUAAACGCCACUGGACCAAAGACACGUUUAAGUACAGCAAAGAAAACAAAUACAACUGGAGAGCCUUCUCCAGUAACCACAAGUCUUGAGAGAAAAUCUGCUCAAAUGAACAAGCAAAAGGAUGGAAGUGGAGAUCACAUUGAAGCAGUUAGAAAGGAAGAAGACACUAAUCCCUUACUUGAAGCUGUAAAACUGCGUCCAAGAUCAGCCCAUUCAAAAGUGGAAUCUGAAGAAAAUCCUUCUAAACGAUAUCGAACUCGCUCAGGAAAAGCAGGUCCCAACCCGAAUGGAUCGAAUACAUUAACCUCUGGAAAUAAGAACAUUGCAACUCCUGAUGAGAGAAAAGAGAAGACUAUUGUUCAGAAAAAAUCCAUUGAACCUAGAGUGUUAAGAAAACGAAAUGAACCACCUAGCCCUGUUGAGGAUGCGGAUAGUAGUGGUGCUAAGAAAGAUGUAGAUUUAUCUGAAACCUCAACAAAGAGGACAAUUCAUGUGGUGCAGGUAACUCCAGUAGGAAAGAAGAAGCGAACAGCUAAGAAAGAUCAAGAAUCACCUAGCACUGUUGAGGAUGUUGAUAGUGUUUGUGCCAAGAAAGAAAUAGAUGUAACUGAAACCUCAAGGACAAUUCACGUGGUGCAGUUACCUCCAGUAGAAAAGAAGGUUACUAAGCAAGCUGCUAAGAAAGAUCAAGAAUCUACACCUAGAGUUCCUGAUAAAGAAGAACCUGUAAAGAAAAUAUCCAAAAUGACACCCCAAAAACCAAAACAAGGUCUGAAGUGUAAAAAGUGUGGCGAAGAAUUCACAAAUGCCAAUGGUUAUAUGAAACAUAUCACCAGUGAUAAGGUCUGUAGCUAUGAUAUGACUGUUGUACCUUCAAGAUACACAUGUCCCCACUGUGUUGGUGUGUCGUUCGACAACAAAGUGACUUAUAACCAGCACCUGGCUUACCAUCAAAAAGAAGAUAGUGGUAAACGUGUUAAAAGGCAGGGGAGAUAUAAGAAAGAGAAAGUAACUGCUAGUAUAGUAGUGGAAGUAAUUAAUGAUGGAAAUCAAAAUAAGGCUGACUCUAUGAAUACAUCCAUUAAUCCUAUCACUCCUAAGUCCAAAAAUGUUAACACAACAAACAAUACUGAUGCUCAUGAGUUACAGCGUAAGUCUACAAGAAAGAGAUCGAAAAAAGUUGAUGAUGAUUUUGAAUUUGAAGAAUAUGAACUUGAAGAAAAUGAUGACGAGAUUGUUGAGGAAAUUGAGUAUACAUUUGAAAUCAGGGAAAAUACUGAUGACAUGGAAAGUGAAGAGAAUGAUGAUAAAGGAGAUGAUAACAAUCAAGAUGAAAUGGACCCUGAGUCCAAUGACAAGCUAGGACCAUUUAAGAAAACUAAAGCAAGAAAGAUUUUGGAAAAGGCAGCCAAAGCACCUGCUAACCAGGAUGAAUUUGGACGCAAAUAUAGCUGUAAGGAAUGUGGAGAGUAUUUCGAGAAUACCCAGCUACUAUCUUUACACAGGCGUUCAGAAAGUCAUGAUGGAUUCAAACCAUUCAACUGUCCAUACGGUGACUGUGACUUCAAAACAGCUGCAGUCAUAGAUCUUAACAAGCACAUUAAUAGACUACAUACAGGAGAAGAUGCUUUGGUCAGCAAGAGCACGAAUGCAUCGAAGUGUAAAUUUUGUGACCAGUAUUUUGCAACUAAGCUUACGUUAAAGCAACAUCAAACAGAUGGAGUAUGCAAGAAUGCACAAGACGGCCUUUACAAAGGGAAAAGUUAUACGAAGACUAUAAACACCAAGGUGUUCUCUGAAAAUGAUUGGAUGAAGCCCUGCAACUUUGAUGUUCGCUGCGUUGAUGUGGAUUGCAGCUUGAUGUUCAGUUCGCAGGAUGCAGUAGACAGUCACAUAGCUAAUCAUGAGACAGAACAACAUCUACACUGUAUCCUUUGUGGCGCUGUUCAGAAGUCCUUAGAAGAGCAUAACAACCACAUCAUUCAACAACAUAAGUAUCUAUUCCAACUUGAGCUCAGCAACAAUAGUGAUGAUUAUAUUGAAUUUGAACCCCCAGAGGAUGCUGCCCAGAAUGUGGAAGAAACUGGGAAACAAGAUAAUGUUGCUGCUGAUGGAGAGGAGAACACAGAUAAUGUUAUAAAAAAUCCUGAAAUUGCAGAUUACAGCCCAGAUGAUGUGACAGGCAGCAGAUUCCAAAAUGUAAAAGGUCCAUCAAUGUUAAAGAAAAUGUUUCAAUGCCCUGAAUCUUAUUGUAGCGCUUCAUUCCAAACCAAAGAGCGCCUUCUGUAUCAUCUACACUCAAAAUCGCAUGGAGGAAAAGUCCCAUAUAAAUGCUAUGACUGUUUCAAGAUCUUUGGUAGUCUCUCAGUUACUGUGUCUCACUACGAUACUCACCAUUACGAGGAAAAUACUGCAGCAUGUCCAGUAUGUGCUAUUCCGGCACGACGAAUGCUAUACAUCAAUGAACAUCUCAGGAACCAUCAUAAAGUGAAUCUUCGUGUGACAAUACAGGACAGUGAGAAAAAUCUUGGUCCAUCUGAACUUCCGACUUACAUAUGCGGUGACUGUGGCAAGGGUUACCAAAGCCUCAGCAAAGUACGUUUCCACCAACACUCUGACAGCCAUGGCGGACUUGUCCCAUUCCUUUGUGAGGUUGAUGGGUGUGAAGAGAGCUUUGGUUCAAAAAGGGCACUUGCGCAGCAUGUAGACCAAUUUCACAGGAUAAGACCAAUGUUUCCCUGCCCAGAGUGUGAUGUGGACUUCACAUCUCUUGUACAGGUGAACAGGCAUCUGACUGAUGUGCAUGGGAAGUGUGCUAAGAUGAAGAAAGAGGAGUUUGACAUGUACUAUCAAGGUUCUCUUGGUGAACUGAAAUGUCAAACAUGUGAUGAAGGCUUUAACACAAGAAGAGAACUCUCUGAACAUAGACAUAUGUUAAGCCAUGAUGGUAGGGAACCAUAUAUAUGUGAAUCCCUUUUGGAAAGAGUAACACCAGAGCCGACCAAUGGACAAGAAACUGGGGUAGAUAAAAUGCCAGUCAUUGAACUGAAAUGUGGAGCAAAGUUUGGAAGUAAAGCACAACUGGAUUCACACAUUACUACCCAUACAGGCAUCCCACAAUAUAACUGCAACAAAUGUUCAGUGGUAUUCACCAGCAAGAAUGCCCUGGCAAGACAUGCCGGUGUACACAGCACAAAGGACAAGCAUUUCUGUUCUUUCUGUGAUAAGGUUUUCUCAAGUACUGGUACUCUGAGAGUACAUAUGAACAUACAUCUUGGAAUGAAGCUAGACUGUGAGGUUUGUGGUAAACAGUUCAACCAAAAGCCCAACCUCAUAGCCCAUGCAAGAAGCCAUACGGGGGAGAAACCUUACAAGUGUCACUUCUGUGACUUUGCAGCAGCCAACAGGACUAACUUCAAGAGGCACUUAGAGCGCAAGCAUACCCAUCGCCAGAGACAGUAUGCAUGCAGUGUUUGUAAUAUGGCCUUCUAUGAAUUGAACACGUUAAAGGAACACACUCUUAUCCACCAGUCUAUCCGGCCAUUCCAGUGUGAGUUGUGCAGUCGUGCCUUCACACAGAGAUCAACUCUGGCCAGACAUAAGAAGUCUGGUACAUGUAACAGGCCCAAGUCCCGCAAGUUCCUUGUGUCUAGCUCUGCCCUGGAGGAGGCAGUCAAAUCUUCAUUAGGACAUAAAAUCAAAGGUCUGCCACCUGGUGUUCAAGUGCGUAUCCAGGAUGACAACACUGGAAUGGGCAUCCUCACUGACAAAGAUGGCGCCCCAGUUGUAACAUCAGAUGGGAAAACCCCUCAGUAUGUAAUGGUCAUCCAGGAGCCCAAUAGCUCUAAGGAGGGGGACCAGGAGAACCCCAAUGAAGAAGAUAUGGAAGUAGAACAUGUGGAAGGUCUAACUGUCCCAGAACACAUGCUUAUCACUGAGCCUCCGAAACAAGCAAAGUCUGGUAUAAGUGGCAUAAAACAUCAGAUUCCUUUACAGUUGGAUACAUCUGAACAUCACGGUGGAUUAAUUGUAGAUGAAAACAGUAUCCCCCAAGGAAUUAACAUUCCAGGAAUACAGUUUCACAAAGGAAGUGAUGGUCGUAUCUAUGUCUUGGGAGCAUCUCAACAAGCAUCUGGUGCACCAGUAGUUGAUAUAGAACAACAAAGUGGAAAAGCUGAAAGCCAGAUUACCUUUACAAAUCUAGCUCAAUCAAGUCAGCAGCAGGAUGGUGAGAUUAGGGGCUACACAAUUGUUGAGAGAGCUGAAGAUAACCCUGCUGGUGAAGAGGAUGGCGAGACUCAGAUUGCUUAUGUCAGUGAAGAUGGACAGAUUGUUAUCCAGCAAAGUACAUCUGAGGACUCUUCUCAAGGACUCCAGCAAAUGGAGGUCCAGGAAGUAGCCAUGGAGACACAAGCAGACGAGGCUGCCAUGGAAACACCAGAUGAACAUAUUGUCAUGAAAACAACUAAUGAUGAACAAGUUCCAAUUAUAAUUGCUGAAACUGUUGAUGAAGGUGGUGAUGCUAUUGAAGGUUCAGAUAGUGUGGCUCCUGAGGUUACAGAUAACACUACUACCACCCUUAGAGAUCUAAAUGAUGAAACCUCAAUUGAGAUUGCAAGAAUUAUAUCUGAAAUGGGUACUGUGGAAAAUAGCAACUGACUUGUGUGAUAUACAUUGUAUAUAUAACUUCAUUUACAUUGAUUCAUUAUAUACAAAUAUUUUUGUGACCGUUUCAUGCAUUAGAAAGCUUGAUGGAAGCUUAAAGAUAAUCGACUGGCAUUUGUACAUAAUGGCAAUUUAAAUUAAUAUAAUGUUAUACAUUUAUAUCUUAAGAUGUUUUUUAUCAGACCCUUGGGUCGUGCUAUAUUGAGAUCAUUUUGCCAGGCAUAAAUGUUAAGGUGGCCAUUUUUUGUCUGGUAAAGUUUGUCUAGACACUUCUAGGAAAACCGUUUUACAGACUGAUUUCAAAUUUUCAGGGAUGUUUCUUUGUAUGAAAAUCUAAAACUGAUUAGAUUUUUG